UGCAGUCUCAUUCCUUUCAGCUUAACGUAAAUCAUGAGACAAGCCAUGAUUCAUCCUCUCUCGUGUCCUCUCUCCACUUUUCUCCCUCCAUUCAUCCCAUUACUCUUCAAUGGCUUCCGGGUCGAUAUUCAAGAAGGUAGGGAAUGACAGCGGUUCGUCGGAGAGCGGCGCCGACUUCAGAGGCGGCGGACCUGGUUCUGCCGGUGCCGGGAAUGCCCCUGUCGAGUACUCCGGCUGGGUGUACCAUCUCGGGGUGAAUUCAAUCGGCCAUGAAUAUUGCCGCCAGCGCUUCCUCGUCAUCCGCGGCAUGUUCGUUGAGAUGUAUAAGCGCGAUCCCCAUGAAAGUCCCGGCGCUAAGCCUGUUAGGAGGGGUAUUAUUGGGAACUCAUUUGUGGUGGAGGGAUUAGGCCAACGAAGAGUUAAUCAUGGGGAUGUUUAUGUUGUGAGGUUUUACAAUCAGUUGGAUGAGACAAAAAAGGGAGAAAUUGCUUGUGCUACUGCUGCAGAGGCCAAGAAAUGGAUGGAAGCCUUUGAUAAUGCAAGGCAACAGGUGGAGGCUGAACUUUCAAGUGGUGAUGCUGCAAUGCAUAAGCUGAACGCAGAGUCCGAGAUUAGCCUUGAAGGACAUCGACCUAGGGUACGACGGUAUGCAAAUGGCUUGAAAGAGCUUAUAAAAAGAGGACAAGGUCCUGAGAAACUUUUACGGCUAUCAUCAACCUCAUCCAUUGAUAGCAGAUCAGAGCUGUACUAUGAUGCAGUUGGAGGGGAUCCAGCUGAUGCCCGUGAAUGGAAAUGCGUCCGCACAAUAAAUGGUGUUCGAAUAUUUGAAGAUGUGGCAGAAGCAAAGAAUGGUAAAAUUGUUCUUGUCAAGGCUGUUGGUGUUGUUGAAGCAAGUGCAGAAACUGUCUUAGAUAUUGUGCUUAAUCUUGAUCGACAUCAAAGAUAUGAGUGGGAUACAUUGACAGGUGAUCUGGAGUUGGUUGCUUCCUUGAAUGGACAUUAUGAUGUUGUUUAUGGGACGUUUGAGCCAAGACACCUGACUUGGUGGCAAUCUAAGAGAGAUUUUGUGUUCUCCCGGCAAUGGUUUCAUGGGCAAGAUGGAACACACACAAUCUUGCAGUUUCCUGCUGUUCAUAAGAAUAGGGCUCCAAAAUCUGGAUAUCGUCGUACCAAAAUAAACUCUUCCACAUGGGAGAUUCGGGAUCUAAGCACAUCAUCAAAUUCUGCAAAAUGUCUCGUGACACAGAUGGUGGAGAUACGCUCUAAGAACUGGUUCAAAUGGAAGAAGAAUGAUUUCUCAGAAUUUGAGAAGACGAUUCCGUUUGGACUGUUAAGUCAAGUGGCAGGUCUAAAGGAAUAUAUUGGAGCAAAUCCAGGGCGUAUACGCGCGUCAUCUGGUGUGAUAUUUCGUUCAAAAAAAUCUGAUGAUUUUGUACAAAAUAGUGCACUCAAGGGUGCAGAUGGGGUGGAUCUGUUCUAUGAUGCAAUUGCUUCUGACUCAUCAUCAUCAGAUGAAGACAGUGAUGAUGAAGUGGAACCCACUAACAAGGAAAAAGUAGUUAAACCGAAGAAGGCUUCAUGGGCAGUAGCAAGAUUGGCACUAAGCCGAACUUCAGCAGGAACAAGCACUAGCAAGGAGUCCAAUCCGAAUUCGCCUACUACACCUGUCAUUGUGAGUAAUAUCGUCGGUAAUAUGCAGCAAGGGAAAGACGACAAUGACAUUAACUGCUGGACUGCUCCAGGGGGUUCAGGAUUCGUGAUCAGAGGGAAGACAUACUUAAAAGAUCAUACAAAGGUCAAAGGCGGAGAUCCCAAGUUCAAGCUAAUUGCAGUUGAUUGGUACAAGAUAGAGAAUUGUUUAACAAAGGUUGCAUUGCACCCCAAGUGUCUUGUUCAGUCUGAAGCAGCGAAAAAAAUUCCAUUCAUCUUUAUCAUUAAUCUUAUGGUUCCAGCUAAACCAAACUACAGCAUGGUUCUUUAUUUUGCCGCUGAUAAACCUGUCACUAAGGAUACAUUGUUAGAUAAAUUCAUGGAAGGUACUGACACGUUUCGCGAUUCAAGAUUCAAACUCAUCCCAAGCAUCAUUGAGGGACACUGGAUGGUCAAGCGCGCAGUGGGAACUAAAGCUUGCCUCUUAGGGAAAGCAGUAAAAUGCUACUACGUUCGCGAAGACAAUUUUCUUGAGAUUGAUGUGGACAUUGGCUCAUCUUCUGUUGCAAGGAGUGUUAUCGGGCUUGUGCUUGGAUAUGCAGCCAGCCUGGUUGUCGAUCUCGCGAUUCUAUUAGAGGGAAAAGAAGAAUCAGAACUCCCAGAAGAGAUUCUAGGAACUGUUAGACUUAACCGUGUUACAGUUGAUGCUGCUGUACAGUUGGAUAAUGUUUAAGGAUUCAAUUCCUUCCCACAAUGUACCAUAUCAAAAGUUGUAUAUACAGCUUAUAUAUACUUGCAUAACCUCCAAGACACUGCUAUAUAAUGGGAACCUUUUUUUUUCUUCUUCUUUUUUUUUUUUUUUUUUUUUCAAUUUUGUAAAGUCUCUGUAAUUAAGUUCAGAAAUUUUGUACUCUAUACUUGUAAAUAUAACUGUAUUCUUUUUUUU